CGACGGGCUGAGCUGAGCGCCGCGCCAAGAUGCUCCUCGAGCUCCGCUCGAAUCCCCCAAAGGCCCAAACAUCCUGAACCCCAGCUUUCUACUUCACCGGCGGCGGCUGCUCUCGUCGCCGCGGCCGCCCAUUUCCUCCUCGCCGUCGCCAUGCGGCGUCCGGCCCGGCGCUUUGAGGCCCCACCGGUCGCGGUUCGAGUGACCAGUGAGGGCCUAAUGGCUGCACUGUGUAUACCAAAUCUGUCCCAAUGCAAAGAUCUCACUACUAUUGGAACAGUCAAGGGGAAGACAUUGCCAUCGGUGAAUGGAACCAGGUAUGCCGAUGACAGAAGGCAUGGUGAGCAGCAGACUAAAGAAGACCUUGCAGCAAAUGGCAUGGAUCAUGCUCUACCCUGCCACUGCUGCUUGCUCCCAUACCUAGGCACCACUAGGAUAGGCCUCUUUCCGGCAGCCUCCCCAACCCAUCCCCACCGUGGGGACCCUUCCAAGUAAGCUGCGGGUCGUAACCUGCACGUGCCCAUCGACUGCUCCUGCAAAUCGUUCACCUGCCAAUUGCGGAUGGACUCAUCGGUCCCUCUUCUUGGAAGAGCACCGGUGAUACAUAGCUAAGUAGCUAUUCUGCGCUCCUUUUUACUUGCUUUCUCUUUUGUUAAUGGGGAUGAUUGUGUAAUGGUCUGGUUGCAAGGUUGUGCUAUAGAAAAAGUUGAACUGUAUCCAAAGUGCCAACUGCUGUUGCUGAUCUGAUCCCCAUGUGCCUCGUGCCGCCUGUUAAUUUUUUCGUGAUGUGUACUGGUGUGCUUGACAUCUGGGGCAGAGGGGCAGUAGCUUCUUUCGGUGGUCUGGGACCUAUUUAUAAACUGCAAGUACCUGAUAAAGCGGCUUA